AUGGAUUUAUCCAAAAUAAAAGACUUCCUCAAAUUCGGGAGCACCAAGAAACUACCCAGUGCACUUGAUAUCCACUUCCUAGGCGGUUACAAGUGGAAUACUCUUCUGAGCUAUAACUCCGCGGUACACAAGUUCGGGAAGUUCCAAGAAGCAACCGGGAAGAGUGAAUACUCUCUCCCAGUAAGCUCUUCCGAGCUCUACGAAUUCUGCUACUGGGCCGGAAGGAACUCGACGACCUCUAACCCGCAAGACAUGGCAUCCAAGACGCUCACCAAGUACCUCUUCGGAUUACAGGCCUGGCACCUCUACCACUCCGUGUUAUAUCCUCAGGAGGCCAAAGCCAAAAUCGCCGUCUUGUUGAGGUCUUCCGCUCACGCCGAUGCACAAUCCCCCAAGCGACCUCGCAAAGCCCCGGUGAUGCUGAAGCACUUGGUCUCACUUACCGGGACCCUCCUUCCUAGCAGCCCUCAAAGCGGUGCUAGACUUAGCCAUUACCGCCUUCUGGGGGAUGGCCAGGUUGUCGGAACUCACCUCCGAUCGAGAAGAAGGAAUCAUGAGGUGGUCCGCAACGUUGUUCACGUCGGACGUCCGGUUCUAUCAGAUGCCGCCCUGGAAGUCAGGGGGGCUAAGACCUGUGCUCCAGGCGAGAGCCAGACCAUCCACCUCCAAAGCCUGAAUCACAUGCUCUGUCCGGUGGCCGCCGUAAAAUGGAGACUCGCGGAAGCUGGACCCAACGAUGUGCCACUGUUUGGCUUCAACUCCCCUGCCGGCCGAAUCAACUUAGUUAAAUCUAAGGUAGUCAGAACGUUGGGACAAGUCUGGAGCAAACACGGCUACCAAGGGAUCACGGGACACUCUUUCAGGGUCGGCGGUACUUCCUUGCAAUACGCCAUCGGGGUUCCUGUAGAGGAGAUAUGUGCUCUCGGUCGUUGGACCUCAAACUGCUAUAAGCUUUAUCUCAGAGACUACUCAGAACGUGACUUGGAAGAAUCCUUGUCCCAUAAUACACCAACUAGGCCGGUGAGGAAAGGAGAGUACCAGGGGUAUAGAAGCGUUGGUGUUGGGCUCGAGCUCCAAGCUCGAGAUAUGGGCCUGACACCUUCCAGGGCACACUCCGGUGUGCGCUUCUGCUUUGGGGGCGCAGCGACUCGCUCGUCCACCCUCCGCUUGGCCGGACAAGACACAGCUGAUCCCUCGGGACGGAACAACAGUGUCUCAAAGCCCGCUCGCCCCCCUACACCCCACACACGGCGGUCUUGGGGAGCCACCCAAGUGGUCGGCUCCCGGGAUCGCCUAGGUGGCUGGUAA